UCAUGUGCUUCCAGGAAACAGUGUCUGCUAAAAUUUCAACCCAAGAAGCCUAUUCCAAAGCAAUCAAAGUUGCAAAUUAAAAAAGAUGUCCCCAAGAAAAUGUUUCCUAAACAUAGAAAAGAAGUUGAAGGACAUAAAUCUAUAAAAAUAAAGCCUAAAUUAAAAGAAAUUCAUAUGCCAACCUAUAUGUUCAGAUCAACUCUAAAAAGUUUGAUUCCAGAGUAUUCUGGUAGGCAGCAGAUUCAUGUCACUUAUGAUUUGCAGUCAUUGAAGUACCUGGAAAAUAUAAUAUUCUUAAUAGUUAAUCAUUUGUGCUCACUGGCUUCUGAAUCUUCUCAAGUAGGAAAUCUCCCUGAAAUACAGUAUUUAGAGUUAAGUGAGGCUGUCAAGGAAACCUUUCCAAAUGCGCUAAUGCAGCAUGCACUCGCUGAAGGUUCUCGCUUUGUUAAGGAAUACACAAAUGGUUUGCUAAACUUUCAUCCGAAGAAACCUGCCCCAGAAAGAUUAAGUACACAGCAUGUGAAACAGACAACCAAGAAAAGAAUUCCUAAAACAAAUGAGAAAUAUUCUAAACUAAAAUGGACAGAAAAGAAGUCUAAACCUAAAGUUCGAUUGCCAACAGCUAUGUUCAGAUCUGUUCUCAAAGAACAAUUGUCUGUUUUUGCUGGUAGAAGAAUCACUGAUGCCAAAUUUGAUUCACAUUCCUUGAAGUAUGUGGAAGAUAUUCUGUUUGCAUUAGUUGAAAAUAUAUCUUCACGUGCUUUUGAAUCCUGCCAAGCUCAGGGUAUGUCUGUUGUAAGACAAUUAGAACUAAGUGAAAUUAUUGAAGACACAUUUCCAAAUGAACUGAUGAGGCAUGCCCUAGCUGAAGGUUCUCGCUGUAUUAAAGAAUUUACUAAUGAUUUUAUGAAUUACAAACAUCAAGAAUCAGCAUUUAAAAAUAAGACUUAUUUGAGAAAUUUAGAGGGGAGAAUUGCAGAGAAGAGCCAGAAACGGAAAGCAUCUUUUCCAUUGACCAUCCUUAAAAAGCAAAUGAAAGAAAAGUUAGUGAAGGAACCUGAACAGGAUUUCGAUGUUGUUAUGAAUAGCUAUGUUACAGAUGUGCUUGAGAUGAUUGUUGCUGAUAGUGUUAGAAAUGCUGAAAAUAAUAUUGUUACUUCAGAUAACGUUAAAGAAUCUAUGCUUAAAAUUUUCCCAGGCGAAUUUGCAAGUCAGAUUUAUGCUGUUGCAUUUGAUAAUGGAACUCACAAAUCUGAAUCUGUUCCUCAAACAAUAUCAAGUGAAAGAAGUCUUUCCUCUCUAGGAAGUACAACUUCAGAUACUUAUGAGUUAGCUCCAGAGGAAUAUCAAGGAACUGAAAGCUCAGAAUUACUUCCUCAAGGAAUGGCAAUUGAAGAAGAAAAUUCAUCUACUUCUGAAAGAAUACCUUCAGAUAGUAAUGAGUUAACAUCAUAAGGACUCGUGUACCUUUCCUUUUUAUUUCUUCUGUUUUACAAAUUUAUUAAAUUUACUUAUUUAUGGC